AUGUCCCUGGUUCCGCCAGGGGGUGCGGACUCCCCCAGUCCGCGGCGGGCAGUGAGUCCACUGCUGGAAAUGCGGAGGCCACAUUGCACUCUGGCCUGCGACUACUGCGCCGCUAUACUGGAGGACAAGUUCAAACGUAGUGCCGACAUGCGCAACAGAGGUACAUCACCUCUGUCAGCGUCACCACGCCAGUCCCUCACUGGGGAACCUCCUUGGACACUCCCAGACGACGACCGACCUGACUUCUCAGCCCUCAAGGAAAAUAUACAAAGGAUCAACAAGGACUGCGAAACUUCAACACGUUUGGACAUGUUGCUGACACAAGUGGAGCAGUACGCGAAUAACCUGGAGGCUCUCGUGGAGGAGAGGACUUCAGACUACUUGGAGGAGAAGAGGAAGUGCGAGGAACUGCUUUACCAGCUUCUACCAAAGUCAGUAGCCUCCCAGCUGAUAAUGGGCCAGCCAGUAAUGGCGGAGACCUACGACCAAGUGACGAUCUACUUCAGUGACAUCAUUGGCUUCACCCAGCUGUCUGCAGAGUCCACGCCUCUGGAGGUGGUGGACCUGCUCAAUGAUCUGUACACGAGCUUCGAUUCCAUCAUUGAGAACUUCGAUGUAUACAAGGUGGAGACAAUAGGUGACGCAUACAUGGUGGUGUCAGGUCUACCGAUGCGCAAUGGCAACAGGCACGCAGCUGAGAUCGCGCGCAUGUCCCUCGCGCUCCUGAACGCUGUGCGCGUCAAGACAGUACCACAUCGGCCUGGAGAACGACUGCUGCUGAGGAUUGGGAUGCAUACAGGACCUUGCGUAGCAGGAGUGGUGGGUCUGAAGAUGCCUCGGUACUGUCUCUUCGGAGACACAGUGAACACAGCAUCACGGAUGGAGUCACACGGAGAAGCUUUGAAGAUUCAUGUCAGCCCGAAGACAAAGAGGUUCUGGAUUUGUACGACUGCUUUGAACUGGAAUGCCGAGGAGAAAUCUCUAUGAAGGGCAAAGGCAAAAUGGUAACUUACUGGCUGAUCGGAGAGAAAAAGCCACAAAAUCAAGAAUGUUAUUACACACAAACUAACCAUGUCCAGAGCACUUUGGUGAACAAUCCAAGCAUCACGUUCCAGGGUCCAGAUAGCCCUGCAUCCCAUUCUUUAACACAAAGUCACAGCCCUGAACAGAACAUGCCAGAAACAAAAGAAAACCACCGACCACUGGAGAUACAGAGCGAAGAGAUCGCAUCAAACAUGAGAUAGCAACAUUCGUUGCCAAAGACCUGAUAAACAACAUAGACAUCGCCGUCAGAGAAUUUCGGAAGUCUCAAAGCGCACAUUUUGUCACGACAACCAACAAACCGCUAUGCAAUGGAAACGAAAAGGGUUUGAUAACUCCAACUUAUGAUAAGGAGCUGGUGAUAAGCAAAGGUAAGGUACGAGAUGUUGUAAACAGAUUCAACAGCUGUGUGAUCACCAACGAUGGUGUCAACAAAUGCACGAAAACGAAAAUAAAAAAUGAAGACUGA